CAGGAAUACAAAAGAACCGAAAGCAGAACAACUCAGACAAAACAACUAAAUUCUACCAAGAUGACGGAGGUCAGUACCACGCCCUUUGCGGAGCCGCCGUAUUUGCGCGGCCUACCGUCCCCCUACUACACACCCGCGCAUUGUCGCUUCCAGAAGGCUUGUCGCGAAUUCCUCUGGGAGCAUCUACUACGCCAUGCCAUGGACUGGGAGCGCCAGAGCACCGUGCCGGAACACGUCUUCGAGACAUUCUGCCAACAUAACAUGUUGUUGCCGAAUCUCCCUGCGCCAUUGCCGGUUGGGUGGCUGAAGCGGUUGGGCAUCCAUGACAUUCUUGGGGUCAAGGUCGAUGAUUGGGAUUACAUGUAUACAGGGAUCUACUGCGACGAGCUGGCUCGGUCCGGCCUUGCCGGUCCCGGGGCAUCUUUGAAUGCUGGAUUUGCAUUUGGUAUUCCCCCGAUUAUCAAGUACGGAAGCGAAGAGCUACAAGAGCGGUUUCUGCCCGAGCUGCUGACUGGCAAAAAACGCGCUUGCAUUGCUAUCACGGAGCCCGAAGCUGGCAGUGAUGUGGCCAAUCUGACGACAACGGCCAAGAAGACCCCUGACGGCAAGCAUUACAUUGUCAACGGGUCCAAGAAAUGGAUCACCAACGGCAUCUGGUCCGACUACACUACCAUGGCUGUCCGCACGGGUGGCCCCGGAGCUGCUGGGCUGUCGGUCUUGUUGGUACCUCUGAAGGAUUAUCCCGGAGUCACCAUGCGUCGAUUAAACGUGGCUGGACAAAAGACCGGUGGCACCACGUACAUUGAGCUGGACGACGUGGCUGUCCCGGUGUCGAACCUGAUUGGACGCGAAGGCGAAGGCAUGCGCAUUAUCAUGACCAACUUCAACCACGAGCGACUCACGAUUGCCGUGGGUGUGACACGCCAGGCCCGCGUCGCGUUGUCCACGGCCGUCCAGUACUGUCUGAAGCGCGAGGCGUUUGGAAAGACACUCAUGGACCAGCCCGUGGUGCGACACCGUCUGGCCAAAGCGGGCGCGGAGCUCGAGACGAUGCACGCGUGGGUCGAGCAGAUCUUGUACCAGCUCUGUCAUAUGAACAAGGAGGAAGGCGACCUACGGCUGGGAGGGAUCACAGCGCUGGCCAAGGCUAAAUCGGCCAUGGUGCUGAACGAGUGCGCGCAGUGUGCGGUGCUGCUGUUCGGAGGGAAUGGAUUUACGGCGACGGGACAGGGCGAGCUGGUCGAAGCCAUCUACCGCGAUGUCCCCGGAGCGAGAAUUCCCGGAGGAUCGGAGGAUGUAUUGCUCGAUUUGUCGGUGCGUCAAUUGGUCAAGGUGUACCGGACAGAGGAAAAGAAGCUGGGACGAUCAAAGAUUUAGAGAACAACUGUCCAUUUGGAUAUACGGUCGCAAAUAAAUCAAAGUAUCAAACUGUCAUAUGCCAUGCUAGCAUCAUUUCCGAAACAAACAAACAAGCAAACAAACAAACAAACAAACAAAUAGUAUCACGUAGGUAUCAACAACCACAGCAUAAACAUUCAACCAUAUCAAUGCAGCAUUCACACGUCUCCUCGCACAGGAAGCAACAGCACAUGGCCGCGAUACAUGCGGUAAGACAACCACGGUCCUUGCUCUGCGAUUCCUGGGGCGGCGGUGGCUGGUAUUGCAUCGGCGGAGGUUGAGGCGGG